ACAGCAGCGGGCGCAGGCGCAGCGGCGCGCUCACCUGUAGCAGGUGCUCAGAACCGGGAGCAGCGGGGAAGACAGCGGGCUCUGCGGGGUGAUAAGAUGCUGCGGGAGCGGACGGUGCGGCUGCUGUACGGGAGCCGCGUGGAGGCGGUGUACGUGCUGGGCACGCACCUCUGGACCGAUGUCUACAGUGCAGCCCCUGCUGGAGCCAAAACCUUCAGCCUGAAGCACUCGGAGGGCGUGAAGGUGGAGGUGGUCCGUGACGGCGAGGCCGAGGAGAUAGUCAGCAAUGGCAAGCAGCGCUGGGCCCUCUCGCCCAGCACCACACUGCGGCUCAGCAUGGCCCAGGCCAGCACAGAGGCCAGCAGCGACAAGGUCACCGUCAACUACUAUGAUGAGGAGGGCAGCGCCCCCAUUGACCAGGCUGGGCUCUUCCUCACAGCCAUUGAGAUCUCGCUGGAUGUGGACGCGGACCGGGAUGGCGAGGUGGAGAGGAACAACCCUAAGAAGGCAUCCUGGACCUGGGGUCCUGAGGGCCAGGGGGCCAUCCUGCUGGUGAACUGUGACCGAGACACGCCCUGGUUGCCCAAGGAGGACUGUAGUGAUGAAAAGGUCUACAGCAAGCAAGACCUCAAGGACAUGUCUCAGAUGAUCCUGCGGACCAAAGGCCCUGACCGCCUGCCCGCCGGCUAUGAAAUAGUCCUCUACAUUUCCAUGUCAGACUCGGACAAAGUGGGCGUGUUCUACGUGGAGAACCCAUUCUUCGGCCAGCGCUACAUCCACAUCCUGGGGCGGCAGAAGCUCUACCACGUGGUGAAGUAUACAGGUGGUUCUGCGGAGUUGCUGUUCUUCGUGGAAGGUCUCCGUUUCCCCGAUGAGAGCUUCUCAGGCCUGGUCUCCAUCCACGUCAGUCUGCUGGAGUAUAUGGCCGAGGGCAUCCCAUUGACACCCAUCUUCACAGACUCGGUGAUGUUCCGGAUUGCACCGUGGAUUAUGACCCCCAACAUUCUGCCUCCCGUCUCGGUGUUUGUGUGCUGCAUGAAGGACAAUUACCUGUUCCUGAAAGAGGUGAAGAACCUGGUGGAGAAGACCAACUGUGAACUGAAAGUCUGUUUCCAGUACAUGAAUCGCGGAGACCGCUGGAUCCAGGAUGAAAUCGAGUUUGGCUACAUUGAGGCACCCCACAAAGGCUUCCCAGUGGUGCUGGACUCCCCUCGAGAUGGAAAUCUGAAGGACUUCCCUAUUAAGCAGCUCCUGGGCCCAGAUUUCGGCUAUGUGACCCGGGAGCCCCUCUUUGAGAAUGUCACCAGCCUCGACUCCUUUGGGAAUCUGGAGGUCAGCCCCCCCGUGACGGUGAAUGGCAAGACAUACCCUCUUGGCCGGAUCCUCAUCGGGAGCAGUUUCCCUCUGUCCGGAGGCCGGAGGAUGACCAAGGUGGUGCGAGACUUCCUGCAGGCCCAGCAGGUGCAGGCUCCCGUGGAACUCUACUCCGACUGGCUGACUGUAGGCCACGUAGAUGAGUUUAUGACCUUCGUCCCCAUCCCAGGCACAAAGGAAUUUCGGCUGCUCAUGGCCAGCACCUCAGCCUGCUACCAGCUCUUCCGAGAGAAGCAGAAGGAAGGCCAUGGGGAGGCCGUUAUGUUCAAGGGCCUGGGGGGCAUGAGCAGCAAACGAAUCACCAUCAACAAGAUCCUGUCCAACGAGAGCCUCACGCAGGAAAACCAGUACUUCCAGCGCUGCCUGGAUUGGAACCGUGACAUCCUCAAGAAGGAGCUGGCACUGACAGAAAGGGACAUCAUUGACCUGCCCGCUCUGUUUAAGAUGGAUGAAGACCGCCAGGCCAGGGCUUUCUUCCCUAACAUGGUGAACAUGAUUGUGCUGGACAAGGACCUGGGCAUCCCCAAGCCUUUCGGGCCCCAGAUAGAGGAGGAGUGCUGCCUGGAGACACAUGUUCGGAGCCUACUGGAGCCCCUGGGCCUUGCCUGCACUUUCAUUGACGACAUCUCUGCCUACCACAAGUUCCUGGGAGAGGUGCACUGUGGCACCAACGUCCGCAGGAAGCCCUUCACCUUCAAGUGGUGGCAUAUGGUGCCCUGACUGGCAAGGGCCCUGGCCCUCCCUCUUCCCCUGUAAUCUCCAGGUCCUUCCUGUGCCCCCAAGUCCUCCCCCUUCAAGAAGUGGGUGGGGUUGGGGGGGUACUUGUGCCUUGUUGUCCCUGGCUAAGGGCCUCUAUGUCCACUGGAGUCAUCCCCAGGAAGCCCAACCAUCCCCUUGGUAAUAGCUGGACUCAUGGUUAGUGUGCAGAGCUCUGGCAGGUAAAACAGACUUCAUGUAGUCAGACCGCUCCUCAAGAAUUCUCAGCCUCUGUUCUAGAUCAGAAUGAAGGGAGAAAGAAGGGAGGCUCUGAGGUCACUGGGUCUUCCAGCGCCAUUCUCUGAUAGGUAGACUACGGGGCCCAGGGUCCUGGUGUACCUUGGACAGCACCAUCAUCUCGCAUUUGCCUCCCUCCAACUAUUCAUUCCUCAUUCACCCUCUCCAGGCUUCCUGGACACAGAGUCCCCACUCCCUGAGGGUCCAAUUGUUCUGCUUAGAAUCUUCUGGAAAUAGAUCUUAGCCAAAGAGAGUUCUUCACCCGCUGUGGAUGCAGGCUGCCCAAAUUUGGGGUGCUGUAGUGAUAUAUUGUGUACCCUCAUAAACUUGCAUGAGGAUCGGAGGACAGAGCCAGCCACUAGAUUAGACAUAGAGGCCAGACAGUGGUGGCACACACCCUUAAUCCUAUCACUCAGGAGGCAGAGAUCCAUCUGGAUCUCUGUGAGUUCAAGGCCACACUGGAAACGGAGCCAGGCAGUGGUGGCACACGCCUUUAGGGAGCUCUCUCCCCAGACCAGCAUAUGUGGUCCAAAGUUCAGUAUGUAAAGAUGCCCUUACCUGUCAAUGCUAUUCCAUUUCUUAUCUGGUCCUCGAUUCUCUAGCCAGUCCAUGGGCCCCUCUUCCCACCAUCCUUCCUAUUCUGGACACUCUCUCCUCCAGACAGCUACGUAGUUUCUUUUCCACUAGCCAGAUUUGGGCCUUCCCAGAGCCUGAGAAAUAACCUAUCCCUCCUCUUGGAUGUUGGCCACAAUGGUCAGGCUCCAGCCUCAGCAAUCAGUUCUCAGCCAGCUACUGCUUGGGAGAUGGAAAUCCCCAGCACACUUUUCAUAGUCCUUCCAUCCAGAUACAGUAAAUAUGUCCUCUGCUUCAAUUAGAAAAGUCCCUGGAGCUGGAGAGCUCCACAAUUAAGAGUGUUUGCUGCUCAGGAAAAAGACCCAAGUUCAAUUCCCAACACUCAGAACUGUCUGUAACUCCAGAUCCAAUGGAGCCAAUACCCUUUCUGGCCCUUGAUGGCGCUGCACACGUGUGCACAUAGCCAUAUACAUAAUUAAAAAUAAAAUUUUUUAGGGUAUGGAGAGAUGGCCCACUGGUUAAGAGCACUUGCUGCUCUUGCAGAGAACCUGGGUCCAGUUCUUAGCACUCAAAUGGUGGCUCCCAACCACCUAUAACUCCAAUUCUGGGGGAUCUAAUGCUCUUAUCUGACCUCCAUGAGCUUCGGCACACAGAUGGUACACAUACACUCAGGCAUGCACACAUACAAGUAAAUAAUAUUUAAAACUUAAAAUUAUUUAGAUAAAGAAGGUCCUUUAGGGGCAGGAAUAUAGGAAAUAUUAAUUCUACUUUGAAGGGUUAAGCAGUCCCGUAUAACCGAAGAAAGGGUUACAGUCAUACAUUCUUAGGGAAACAGGAUUUUUACCUUGGAUUAUUCCCUUGGCUAUGCAAACAACAUUGGUUGCAUGCUACUGAGCCACAAGCACAGACUUGGGCUCUGACAACACGAGCUAGCCAUGGACUCGGCUUGUCCCCGACAGGCAAGAUCCACAUUUAAACCCUUUGCCCUUGCUGUGGUGGGCUCUUUAGAAACACUCCUCAGUGUAUUGAAAAAGCACCCAGGACACCAGUCACUGCCUUGAAGAAAUAAGAGUGUGUCUUCUGUACACAGACCCCUGGCCUUUCUAUCCAGCUGGGCCUACAGCACCAUGUCUGGUCAGGCCACAGAGCCUCCAAAGUUGUCAUCCUCUGCCUCUGCAGACAGUGGUCCCUGCCCUUGGGGGUAAAGCCCCAAAUCCUGCCUCCAGCUCUAGAGCAGAAAGCACAUGCACCUCUCCGCGGGAGCCGCUGUGGGGAUGUGGAGUUUGACAUGUGUAGUGUUCAGUUAGAGUGGCUUUGUGGGUUUUAUUUUUAUCUAUGGUAAGGGGAAGUGAGCGCCUCCCUCUCGGAGGCGGCUUGUCUUUGUAGAUUGUGCUAUGAUUCUCCCUGGCAGCGUUGGUUGUUUCAGAAAUUUCUGGAACUCCAGGACUCAGACACUGCCUGUCCCAUGACACUUACUCACCAGUGUGACUCCCUCCGGUGUGACUCCCCUCCGGUGUGACAACUCCCAGUGUGAUGCUCCCCACCCCCCACCCCCCAGGGGGACUCCUUGCUCUUCCUCACCCCCACUUUCUUUAACAUAGGCCUAGGUGCUUCUGGGCUGUACUAGUUCCUGUUUCAGUGUCGAUUUUGAAAUAGUCUGUGAAGGGCAGAGGGAUGGCGUGAAGAUGGCGAGAACCAGGCAGUUUCAGCUUCCUGGAAAAGGAGCCAAGAUGGGGACUGUAAAGUGUUUGGGGAAGAGCCGAAAUAAAGAGCAAUAAAAUGAACCGUC